AUGAAUGAAAUGAUUAAAUUCCUUGAGACGAUGUGCCAAUCAUCAGAGAAGCUCUCUGAGGAUGAUAUGAAGAAAGCUAAUGACACACUGGUUGAUCUGAUUGAUGCCGGCUUUAAAUUUGAUUGGCUGAAAACAAAGCUGAAUGAGUUCUCUGAAUCGGAUUGGGCCAUAAAGAAUUUGCCCGCUUUUCAAUCUGAUGCAUUUGUGAUUAAUGGCUGUCAAUGCGGUCUUACCAAAGAAAACUCAGAUGCAUCAGAGAAAUCUGGAAAAGAUGGUGCCGAGUCUAAGGAAACCAUAGAUGUCAAUGGCUUUCAAGUUCUCCCUUCACAGGAAGAAUCUGUAAGACGUAUGUUUGAAAAGCACCCCGAUGUUGCAGUAGAAUUCCGUGGAAAGAACCAACAUCUGAGGAAGGCAUGCAUGAAUUUCUAG